CCUUCUCCCUCCGAGUCCUUCUCCUCCCGCCACCAACUCCCUAGGACCGUCUCUCGCCAUGACACUCGCUCGCAUAGAUUACUGACCGAAACAGCACCGCCGUGAACCCAAUGGAGCCCCCUCCAACCGGCGAGCCCGUCAUCCGCUUUCGCGCCGGCAAGAAGCGCAAGGCCUACCGCCAGCGCAUCGACGACGACGACGACAACACCGCCGAACCCGCACCGACAAGCCUCGAGGCGCAGGCCCCCGAUGCUGUCGCGCAUACUGUCACGAAAGCGGACGGCGACAGCGAUGGCGAGUCCAGCGUCGCAGCCGCUCUCCGAUUGCGCAAUGCGCGCCGUGGUCGCCUCCGCGGCGCCGGCUUGAAGAACACCCCCAGGCACGACGACGAGACGUCUGGUGAACGCGCCCUUGUCCUGCGAGACCCGGACGGCGCGCCUGAAAAGGAAGCCAGCCUCAGCAGCGUCGCCAAUCGCUUCACCCACCAGACCGGUCUCCUCGCCGACAUGAACGACAAGCACAUGAUGGAAUACAUAGAAUCCCGCCUAUCUAGUCGCAAGAGCGGAACCACCUCUAGCUCGAAAGACGCCCCGGCCGCGACAGCGACAGCGACAGCACCGGCAGCAUCUGCGAAGACCGCUGCGCCGGGCCCCUCAACGAAGCCGGAAGGCGGACACGCCGUCAUGCAGGGCCGGCUGAUGGAGAUCGACCUCGGCGAAGAGGCGCGAGAUAUCAACGUCGCCCGAACCGAGCGCGCAACCCUGCACGGCGGAACCUCGACGCCAGGAGACGGCAACAGUGGAGGUCGCCGCGCAAAGAAGCCCCGACUUGGUCGAGAUGGCAAACCGUGGCGGCCCCGGAACCGCCGUCCCAGCGAUGCUAUCAAGCGAGACCAACUCGUCGAAGAGAUUUUACGUGAAAAUCGCCUUGACGUUUACGAAGCCCCUGCCGAACCAUCUCCCAAGGCCUCAGGCCUCGAUGAGGAUGGCGCCGCUGAUGACCGGCUGGCCGAGGAGUUCCGUCAGCAGUUUCUCGACGACGUCGCCCAGCGCCAACUCAAGAAGAAGAAACCAGCGAACCAGCCAGUGCGGCCCGGAGCUGAAGAUGUCCUCAAGGGUCCUAAGCUGGGUGGUAGUCGAAACGUACGAGCCGCCAUGCGGGACCUGUUGCUGAAAAAGGAGAAGGAGGGGAAGAAAUGAGACAUGUUUCAGGCGUUGUUGCUUUUUCCAUGGAUAUAAAUACACUUUGGGCUGAGCUAGUCGCGUUUCCCCGGAUUCGGAGCCAAAUGCCAAUCAGUGCGGGAAUGAACAUGCAUGCUAUGGGGCAUUUGUACGCGAUCCUUUUUGGAACGCAUACUUGAUGCUUCUGCUUCUUAAACUUGUUCAAUUGAUCAC